AAACCCAUCUGGUUGUUUGUAAAAUGUCUUCGUUUACACAGCGUAUCCAUUCACAAUACCAAACAUAACGCAGACACCCUGCACUGACUGCACCAAUCCUGCAUCCUCCUUACAAGGCACAUCCGGAAUAACAAUCCAACUAAAACUUUAAUGGCUGUAGUUGGAGGACACGGGGACGCUGGUUGCGACUGGGAUGGCCGGUGGAAUCAUGUGAGGAAGUUUUUGGAGCGACCUGGACCGUUCACCCAUCCUGACUUUGAGCCAAGCACUGAGUCUCUACAGUUCUUGUUGGAGACGUGCAAGAUUCUUGUCAUUGGUGCAGGAGGACUUGGGUGUGAACUCCUCAAAAAUCUGGGCCUCUCUGGGUUUCGUCUGAUUCAUGUGGUCGACAUGGACACGAUUGAUUUGUCCAACCUCAACAGGCAGUUUCUUUUCAGGCCCAAAGAUGUUGGACGACCAAAGGCAGAAGUGGCUGCCGACUUCAUCAACAGUCGUAUCCCUGGAUGUAGAGUUGUCCCUCACUUUAAGAAGAUCCAAGACUUUGACGAGUCUUUCUACAGGCAGUUUCACAUCAUCGUCUGUGGACUGGACUCCAUCAUAGCCAGACGCUGGAUGAACGGGAUGCUGAUAUCCCUCCUGAGCUAUGAAGACGGAGUCCUGGACCCCAGCUCCAUCAUCCCCCUGAUAGACGGAGGAACGGAGGGCUUUAAAGGAAACGCCCGGGUCAUUCUGCCCGGCAUGACCGCAUGCAUCGACUGCACACUGGGGCUGUACCCGCCACAGAUUAACUUCCCCAUGUGCACUAUUGCGUCAAUGCCUCGGCUACCAGAGCAUUGCAUUGAAUAUGCCCGAAUCUUACAGUGGCCGAAAGAAAAGCCAUUUGGAGAUACCUGCUUAGAUGGAGACAAUCCAGAGCACAUCGCGUGGGUGUUUGAAAGAGCCCAAGAAAGAGCUGCAGAGUUCGACAUUACAGGAGUGACAUACCGACUCACUCAAGGAGUUGUGAAGAGGAUCAUUCCUGCUGUGGCAUCGACUAAUGCUGUCAUCGCUGCUGCCUGUGCCACUGAAGUUUUUAAAAUUGCUACAAGCGCAUAUAUUCAUUUAAAUAAUUACCUGGUCUUCAAUGAUGUGGACGGACUGUACACCUACACUUUUGAAGCUGAACGAAAGGAAAACUGUUCAGCCUGCAGCCAGGUGCCUCAGGAUCUCCAGUUCCCUCCUUCGGCCAAAUUACAGGAGGUUUUAGAGUACCUAACAGAAAAUGCCUCUCUACAAAUGAAAUCUCCGGCUAUCACCACAACUCUUGAAGGGAAGAAUAAGACGCUGUAUUUGCAGUCUGUUAAAUCCAUCGAGGAACGUACCAGGCCAAACCUCUGCAAGACUUUGAAAGAGCUAGGCCUGUCUGAUGGACAGGAGCUGGCGGUGGCAGAUGUCACCACACCCCAAACGGUUCUCUUCAAGCUCAAUUUCACCACCUGAACACUCAGCACUGAUGUCAAAGUGACUGCAUCCGAAUCCAAACACUGGGUUUCUGUGAUGUUGCAGCAGCACAUUUGAUACCACGAUGUAGAUAUUGACUGAGGUCUGACCUCCAGGAUUGAAUAUGAAGUCCUUACCGAUUUUUUUGUUCUAUUUGUAACGUUGUUAACUUAAUGAUGUAUAUGUGAUGUUUUGACUUCUGUUGUAGCUAUUUCCCUGUCAAUCUAAUGAGAAUAAUAAUCUCUAAUAAAGUUGUAUUAUUGUGGUUAUAAAG